CGUCCAUGCAUAAAGACGAACCUCGCUCGCCUCCGCCUCUCCAUCUCAGACGACACAAACGACCACAACAGCGAUGGCUCCCAGCUUCGGUCGCUCCAUUUCCUUCCCGCUGAGCCCGGCGCGAGCCAGUCGGCCCGCGCGCCACGCCCGCUCCAUCAGCCUGCCGGCCUGCCGCUCCCACCCGCUGCUGGCGCACCUGCAGGCUCAGACCGCCGCCGCCCGCGCCUGGGCAACCGCCUCCGCCUCCGCCUCCUCCUCUCCCUCCCCGUCCACCGGCCUCGCCCUCAUCGACGCGCUCCACGCCGCGCUCGCCGAGCUCCUCCUCCUCCCGGAGCCGCAGGCCGCGGUCCGCCGCCCCUCCGCCGCCUCCGACCGCCUCCUCGACGCCUUCCUCCUCCUCGCUGACGCGCACCGCGGGUUCCAGGAGGUGCUGCUCGCGCUGCGGCGCGACGCGGCCGACGCCCGCCUCGCCCUCCGCAGGCGCGACGCCGCCAGGCUCGCGUCCGCGUCCCGCGCCCAGCGCAGGGGCGACAGGGAGCUCGCCCGCCUCGCCGCCAGGUCCGCCGCGCGCCUGCCUGCUGGGGCUGGGCUCGGCGGGAGCGGAACCGCCGAGGAGGCCGAGAUGGCUGCCGCGCUCAUGGACGCCGCGGCCGCCAGCGCCGCCGCCUCCGCCGCCGUGUUCUCGGCCGUCGCGUCCGUGUCUGCCGCCGUGUCGUUGUGCUCGAACAAGAAGGCCCUCGGGGCCUUCGUGGCUGCUGCCUUCGCCAAGAAGCCGGAGACGCCGACGACGGCCGAUGUCGCGCAGGAGAAGCACGAGGAGCUUGAGCGAUGCAUCGACGAGUGCGAGAGCGGCAGCGAGGUGGUGUUCAGGAGCAUUGUUCGGAAUAGGGUUUCGUUGCUCAACAUCCGUACUCCGGCGAUCUAGAGAAUCGAUCUCUCAUCAGUCGCCAUCACAAGUUAGUUAACGACUGUUGUAUACUAUGCUACAUACGUAUAUAUACAGUGUAAAUACACGUUGAAACAAUAGAGAAUAAUAAAUAUAUAUAUGUGCGCAGUUGGAAAUAACACAGAAAUUCAGUCAUCAUGUAUAGCCCCAGGGUAAAUUAUUAAAACUGUACUACUGUAAUUAUCAGGAGGGGGCAUUAUUCAUCAGAUGAAGAA